AAUUCAUCACAUCUUGCGUAAAGGAAAACAAAUGCUAGCGUUACUGGGCCUUGAAAAUCAUUAUUUGUAACUGGUUUAUAGAAGCAGUUGCUGUUAGUCUGAUAACCCUUCACUACACUAAGCCAUCGAGAACAAUGUAUUUGUUAUUUUUCUUGUGUGCCUGGCCUUCUGUGAUGGGGAUAGAAAAUUUAAUAGAAUAUACUCAUGAAGAGCAACAUAAGUGGGAAAAGCACUGCUCCAUUGGGAAGCGACAAUCGCCGAUCCACAUUGACUCGGAGCUGGCUAUACCACUGCCCUUCCCAGCGUUGGAGAUGGUCGGAUUUCAUAACCUCGUUCCGUCGCCUGUGUUCAUCACCAACAAUGGUCAUUCAGUGGAGAUAAAAUCUCUGGAAAAGGGAUAUGCCCAAGUGUUUGGUGCUUUUCUUCCUGGUACCUUUGAAGUGGAAGGAAUACAUUUCCAUUGGGGAAGUAAAAACAACAAAGGCAGUGAACACGUUCUCAAUCAAAUAAGGUUCCCGAUGGAAAUGCAUAUGGUGACCAGGAACCAAAAAUAUAGCAACUUAUCGCAGGCAAUGGAGCAUCCUGAUGGGCUAGCAGUCCUCGCCAUGUUCUACCAAAUACAAGAACAGCCAAGCCGUGUGUUAAGACAGAUCCUAAAAGAAUUGGCAAUGAUACGCACAGUCGGAAGCACUACUUACCUGACUGGUUCUCUACCUUUAUCCCAGUUGGUGCCCAAAUCGACAGAUAUCUUUUACAGUUAUCAAGGUUCACUCACUACGCCGCCCUGCUCUGAAUCUGUUAUUUGGAUAGUCUUUCCUGACCCUUUGCCUAUUUCAUACUCACAGAUGACUCUGUUCAGACAUCUGUCAGCCGGAGAAGAAAAUUUGGUUGAUAACUUCAGGCAAGUGCAGAGGCUGGGUUCGCGGAAGGUCUAUGUGAGGCGACAGCCAACUGAAUAUUCUCACCACAUGGCAGUUCACUGGAAUCUCACCAGCCACAUCCUGUGGGGCUUGGACUAGGUUCAACAGUGUCAUCCUGGGAUAAUUACUGAGAGGUGAUCAGAAGACAAGAUGAAAGAAGAGUUUUCUGUAAAAUCUAUUAUGGUCAAUUUGUUUUUAGCUAAUUUGUUGAGAAUAUUUUUAUAAUAUAAUUAUUUUUUUAAUAAAAGUAUUAAACUAAAUAAAAUAC